AUGUCUUCAAGGCUGAGCUCCUUGCCAGCUUCUUUGGCGACAGCUGCCUUGCAAACAUUGUCUGCUUAUGCAACUCACGGCGGCGGGAGGCCCUGCGCCAGGCGACGUUGGUAUUCUCUGCUCCUAAUUACCGAAGAUCUUGCUGUCUUUCCCGGGCUAUUGGUCCGCAAGACAACAGUCGAGAAUCGAGAACUCCGCGACGGCGCCUCAACCUGCCGGCAAGCCCAUCAGAGGAAGAGGAACGCCCUCGACAGCGAUAAGACCCUCUCCAAUGUGCCGAUACUCAAGUCAUACCCAUCUUCAAAUGCGCUCUUGCUUAUUCGCGAGGAUGAGACUCGCGACGGUUGGGUCGUGGAUGCCGCGGCUGCCUACGUUAAGCCGGACAUCCACUACAAACCCACGAAUAAUUAUGUCAACCGGAAACCCCAUACGCCCGCCGGCAGCAGCUAUCUUCACCAGCGCGGCGAUGUGCUCGUCUUCCUCGCCGUGGGUGCCGGAGAAGCCCAUGGACAGCCGGAGAUCGACGGGGCCGACGAACGCGCCGCUCAACGCCAGGACGCCCAGAAUCUUCUCCGCGUUCUCGACACCCAGUUAGGAGAUUCAGUUCUUGUUAUAACCUAUGAUCAUGCCGACCUGGAGAAGGCAUCGGCGGCGCCGGGCGCCGGUCUGGCCCCCUUUGACCCAGCAGGCGUGUCGGAGCAGCCCUCAAAGCCCGGCACGCAACCCUCGACCCCUCCUCCCAUCCAACACCACCCACCCCAUCGCCGCUGGACGAAAAAAGCAAACCUUUCUCAUUGCAAGGACGCGAAGCUGCGCGAGACAAAUGGACAGCAGAAGUCAAGGGAAUAG